CUGGAUUGGGAUCACCUGGACCUGGAUUAAGAAUUCCUCCUCUUUGUCUUCAAACACCUUCACCAUAAUUGAAUGUUUGUAGGUGUCGUUUGAAUAAUCUUUAACAGUUGCUGAAACUUUAUGAUGGACAAACCACAGAAGGAAGAUCCGACUGACAACAAGAUGACUGACUCCGAGAAGAAUUCUGGAAAGCAGCAGCCACUCACAGCCUGUCUGUUGAGCGCAGCCUUCUUUGGUGCCCUGGGGUCAUCUUUCCUUUACGGCUACAACCUCUCUGUGGUCAACGCUCCCGCUCUGUACAUUAAAGCCUUCUACAAUAAAACAUGGAUUGAGAGGUACGGACAGCCUAUUGGAGCAGAGACAGCCACCCUCUUCUGGUCCAUCACAGUGUCCAUAUUUGCUAUCGGAGGCCUUCUCGGAGCCCUGUCCGUCUCUGUAAUUCUCAAAAUAAUUGGAAGAAAGGGAACCUUGCUGCUGAAUAACAGCUUUGCUGUGAUUGCUGCACUGCUGCUGUCCCUGGGGGAGAUGGCAAAGUCUUUUGAGAUGCUCAUCAUUGGCCGGUUCAUAAUCGGGGUGGACUCUGGUAUAGCUCUCAGUGCUCUCCCCAUGUACCUGGGAGAAAUUUCCCCAAGACAUAUCAGAGGGUUCAUUGGCCAGUUCAACUCCAUCCUGAUCUGCUUGGGAGUGUUCACAGGACAAGUGCUGGGACUGCCUGAGCUGCUGGGCCAGGAGUCCAGGUGGAACUACCUGUUUUCCUUCCUGGCGUUGCCAGCAUUGCUGCAGCUCUGUGUGCUGCCCUUCCUCCCCGAGAGUCCUCGCUACCUGCUGAUGGAGAGGAGGGAUGAGGCUGGAGCAGAAAGAGCCUUCCAGAGGUUUUUGGGGAAGAAGGAUGUGUCUCAGGAGUUGGAAGAAGUCCAUGCGGAGGCUCGAGCUCAGGACAACCUACACACUGUCUCCGUGUUACAACUGCUGAAGAACCCAGCUGUUCGCUGGCAGCUCAUCACCAUCAUCAUCGUUAUGGCCUGCUAUCAGCUCUGUGGCCUCAACGCGAUCUGGUACUACACCAACGGGAUCCUUCGGGAAGCAGGCUUUGCAGAAAACCUUCUCCCCUACAUCACACUGAGCACCGGGGCUAUAGAGACAUUGGCUGCCAUCAUCUCGGGCUUAGUGAUAGAACGAAUCGGGAGGAAGCCCCUCCUCAUAUUUGGUUUCUCCGCCAUGGCCGUGUUCUUCAGCCUGCUCACAGUGUUCCUCACUUUCCAGGACCGUGUGUCAUGGAUGCCCUACCUCAGUUUCAUCUGUAUACUGGCUGUGAUUGCGUCCUUUUGCUCUGGGCCAGGUGGUAUCCCCUUUGUCCUGACCGGGGAAGUGUUUGAACAGUCCUACCGUCCUGCCGCCUUCAUGAUCGCUGGCAUCGUAAACUGGCUGGCCAACUUUGCUGUGGGCCUCCUGUUCCCAUUCAUUCAAGAAACGCUGCAGUCCUUUGCCUUCUUGGUGUUUGUGGUGGUCUGCAUCUUGGGAUCUAUCUACCUCUAUUUUGUCCUCCCUGAAACCAAAAAUAAAACAUUUAUGGAAAUCAGCCAGAGCUUUGCCAAGAUCAACAAAAUCCCUGUCCCCUCCCCCGGCCAUGAAAUGGAGCUGGUUCUGUCUGCUAAGUCUGACAUGAAUGGAAAAGUCCAAGAUGUUGCUAAGAUGGAGAGUUCCUUCUAAACAACAACAGAGAGAAGCCAGAUCCCGCAGUGAGACUGACAGGGACAGUGUUUUGGAGCCACUCCAAGUCUGAAAAGAGUCCAGGCUACUUCCCACCAGAUGGCGGGAGCCAGCGGAGGAAGUGAUCUGAACAGAGGCAGACAAGCGUGGCAUUGGAUGGCAGUCACAGUUUGCUCCACAGUGGGGUGUACUCAACAUUUCAAAGUCCACUGCCUAGAGGGCUAACAUCCCACCCGCUCAUUUAGACUCACAGAGACGCAGAU